CCAGACCCCACUUGAUCCUUGACCUCGAUCGCAGGCUCUCAACUCCAACACAACGCCAUAACUUCAACAGCUCCAUUACGACCUGCGACUGAAUCGCACGACUCCCAAAGGUCUCCUAUUUAUUGUCGCAGCUUCGAGAGCAUUAACGCGACAUCAAAAUCGACAUCGUACUUAACUCAUCGCAUAUAAUUUCCCUGGGAAACCGCCUCUCUAGCCAUGGCCGCCCAAGACCCCCCUCUCGAUGAAAUGCAAUGGCGCUCACCACCAAUUGCCGCUGAAAUGCAAGGAAUACACUCCAACUCCGUCCUCUUCUACUUUGCGAGAUCUCCCUUCUUCGACGGCACCUCCAACAAUGCGGUUCUCUUCAAUCAAGCUAUGUUCAACCAAAACAUGCUCCCCAUCAUUCAGACGCGCGAAGCUUUCGAAGGGCGGUUGAAAACCAUGUCAGGAUUGGAAUUUAUUGUCGCACAAGAGCCCGCGGAUAUGGUUACCGGUACUGGGGUUUGGGUCAUCCGAAAGCAGAGACGGUUAAAGAGGCCCGGUCAGGAGGACCAGCUGGAGGUGCUGUCUACGUACUUUGUGGUGGGGGAGAAUGUAUACAUGGCCCCUGCUGUGUCGGAUGUACUUGCCAGUCGAACGGUUAGUGAUGUUGAUUCUAUACUGAUUUGAGAUCAUGUGCUAAUAAAACCAGCUUUCCAUUCUAACGUCUCUCAACAAAUUCUACACAAAAGCCGCGAGCCUACCCAAUUUCACGCCUGCAAUAGGUUCAUCGUAUAUACCACCGCCAACCGGACGAACCACAGUAGCGCAAACGCAGCUCGGUCAAGCGAGCAAAGAAAAUACACCUUUACCCGACUCUCAAACCACCAAGAAAGCAGGUCUUCCAUCCCCCGAUAAUAGCGCAUACCUGCUUCUCAACGAAUCCAUCAGAACCACCAUGAGAUACGAGAGCGAUUACAUGGAUGAGAAUCCAAUCACCGGAGAACCAGGUGCUUUUCAUUUCUCCAACUCUGGAAGAAUCGAGAAGGACAGUAAUAGGCUGGCGACACCUGCGAGUGCGCCAUUAAAUACUGCGGCAAUAGGAGGAAAAACUCCCACACAACCACCGCCGCCUUUAAAGACGGAUAUUGAACCAGUAAAGAAGAUGAAAGGAGAGAAGACUCCAACAAAAAGCCCGGGAGUUGGGAAAAUGAGACGAAAGAAGAGUAAAAGUCAUAUUACGACAGGACCGAUCAGUCCUACCACUUGAUCUUGUUUUCGGUGCUCAGGGGCAUUGAGCUGCAUUAUAUGGCGUUCUGGAAAUUGGCAUUUGCAUGCGAAGGAAUAUACCCUUGAAAUAUUAUAUGAUAUGCGUGCUUAUGGCAUAUAGGAAAAUGAAAAUUACAACAAAUUCUCCAUACAUCCUUUGUGACAUAUAUUCUUUUUAUUUCUCGCUUUUUUCUCAAGCGCCGUCCGAGAUAUGUACAGCUAACUCAUCCAACAUAUAGUGACAUACCUCUACCCCGACACCUUCACAACAACUUUCCCAAAAUGUCCCCCACCAAACAAAUACUCCAGUCCCUCCUUCGCCUCCUCAAAUUUGAAAACUCUAUCCACAACAGGCUUCACAUUCUUCUCCGUCAUGAAAGCAAUCAUCUCCUCAAACCUCUCUUUGGGGCCGUUUAAAAUCCCCUUCAAAGUAACAUUCCGCAAUAAUGCAAGCACAUUGGUAUUCAGGCGAUCACCAGGCGCGUCUUCCUUCCCGGAUAGAUACCCGAUGCAGUUUAUCAAACCGCCAAAUUUGAUGCAGGCGAAUGAGUGACGUAGCGUUAGGGCACCUCCGUUUUCGAAGAUUAUAUCUGGUCCGAGUUGGGAGGUUAGGGAGAGGGCUGUUUCGUCCCAGGAGGGGGUUGUGGUGUAAUUCAUUAGGUGGUCUGCACCGAGGGUUUUCGCUUGUUGGAGUUUGGUGUCGGAGGAGGAUGUUAUGAUUACUGGGGAUGGUUAAUACUCGGUUAAAGCAGAACAAGAGGAAGGCAAUAGGAUAGAAGGGAUAGAAGGGAAAGGAAAGGAAAAGAUAUACCCCCAGCACCAGCCGCCUUCGCCAAAACCAACCCCAUCACCGCAACACCCCCGUCCCCUGAAUCAAAACCCUCUCGUCCUUUCCCCCGGGCUUUCCCAACUCUCUAAACCCAUUAAGCGCCAUCCAAGCCGUCACCCCAGUAAUCGGCAGCGUACACGCCUCCUCAUCACUCAAAUACCCCGGCUUCCUCACCAACCCCUCCUCAGGGAAAACUCUAUACUCCUGUAAACACCCUUCCAAUGGCAACCCCAAACCGGAUUUCAUAUCCUCCUCCACAAUCUGCCCGCGUUGAUGCGUCUGGUUAAAAAUGGAUAAUACCUUGUCGCCGACGGACCAGAGAGGCGAGGAGGAGAGGACUAUGGUCCCGCAGAUGUCGGAGCAGGGGACGAGAGAGGGGGGUGUGCCGCCUGUGGUGUUAUGGUGGUUGUAGAGGCCCAUGCAGACUUCGGUGUCGCGGUAGUUUAGGGAGACGGUGUUGAUUUUUACGAGGACUUCGUUGGGGC